UUGUGGCAAAAUGGAACAUUCCAGGAGUGAUUUUUUCAGAGUUUUAAAAAGGCAAGUUAAAAACAUUGUGUCUUAUCAGUAGGACUUAAAUGUUUCUUUUAAAUCUGGAAAACACUGUGGAAAAAUUCUCAGACCCACUUGGUUUGUUUGUAGCCAGACUGGAUUAGAUGACAAAUUUUGAAGGGUGGCUCCUGAAGUCAUUUUCCCUGGCUCUCACUAAAUUGUAGCAGGGUGAUCAGAGAGAUUUUUACUGUUUUACUUUUCCUGGGCUCCAGGGCCAGCAGUGUCCCCCAGAGGUGCUGCAGUGACCCAGCUUGGGGCAGGAACCUGCUCUGCUCUGCUCUCUCUCAGAGCUGCAGCGUUGUGCAGCCUGUUUUGUGCUCAGGUGAUUCAUGGCCAUUCCUUCCAGGUGAGCAUCCCAACCUCUGCUUUAUGGAGUCAUUGCCUGCUCCUUCCACAUCCCAAAUAUCUUGAGGAUACCUGACAGCAGAUUCCAGGUCAGGGAUAGGAUUUAGGAUGUGCUCGGCGUGGUUUUCUGGGCUCAGAGAUGUCAGGGCUGAUUGUGAAUCCUGAAUUUCUGUGUCUGCCCAGUGCAGAGCUCUCAUCCCAUCCUCCCUGAUGGAAUUUAUCCCGUUUUUCCCAGAAAGGAGCCUUGGCAGGAUGGAUUCCCCAUCCCUGGAGGUGUCCAAGGAAUGUCUGGAUGUGGCACUCAGUGCUCUGGGCUGGGGACAGGGGGGUGAUGAAUCAGUCACAGGUUGGAUUUGAUAGCCUUGAAAUGCUUUUCCAACUCCAGUGGUCCUGGGAUUUUUAAGUGAGGACUUCCAAGAAAAGGUUUUAAGAAAUUGUAUUUUAUUCUUUUCAUGCUGUGGUAACUUUUAACCUAAGAACAGCAGAGAAUUUGACUUUAAAUUUAGCAAGUAGACCCCCGAAAAAUGGAGAAUAGUCUUCUAAAAAUCAAUUUACUUUUAAAAAAUUUUAUAAACUUUUGAAUAAACUUUAUGUGAAAAGUUAAAUAUUGGUGAAAUCAGGUUUUAAACUUGGGACUGUGCACUUUUUGCAGGUCUUCCUUAAAACUUGGUGCUUCUGUCAUAACCCUGUGUUAAAACAGAGUGAACUAAAGGCACUCAAGAUUUUGGCUGCAUUAUCAUUUUGGGGCAUAGAGAGUUCCAAAUAGCUUGUGAAAUCUUCAGUUUAUAAACUUCAUUAAUUACUUGAAAUGGUGAUGAGUUUUUUUAAUGGUUCUUGAUUAAAAAAAAACCAAAAAAACACACGAAACAAAAAAGCUCCCAAAAAUGAUCCACAAAAACCUGUGUUCUGUGCUGCUUUUUUUGGGAAAUGCUUUGAAACUGGGAUACAGGUGUCCCAGAAAAUGUCAGGAAUUUGGGUUCCACACCUUGCUCCCUGCUGCUGUGUCUCAGGUUCUGGUAUAGAUUGCUGAACAAGCCCCUGGUAGGAAAAAAGAAGCAAAAAUUCCCCUUCCUAAUUCAAAAUAUUGGAGUAAAAAACCCUCACUGAAGUAAUGAUUAUUGUGGCUUUAUCUAGGAUUUUUUAUUAUGAGUUCCUCUAGGAUUAUUUAUGAGUUUCUAAGAAGUUUUUAGGGAGAGAAAAGAUCUGGAAAUUCCUCAAGCAGCCCCCAACAAAACCCUCCUGGCUUUAUGAGGCUGGGAAAGAGUUUUUAAUAAGACGAGAACGGUAAUUAACCCACGGAAUCUCUUUGAAGAAGCUUCCAAAUAAAUCCUCCUUGUGCUGGGAUGAGAAUCAUUUUCCCAAAUCAAUCUCAAACUUCAACCUGUGAGCAUUUCAUGUGGGAUUUAUUUUCCAUCCCCAAGGAAUCAGGAAUUGGGCACUUUUCCUGCUCCCUUCGCUCCAUUCCCGGAGCGUUCUGCCGAGGCAGGAACAUUUUCCAUCCCAGCUCGGAGUGGGAGCUGCAUGGAAUUACUGCCAGUGGAAACUAUGCUGCAAGAUCCUGGCCACAGCAGCUGCCCUGCUCAGCUCAGCUGGAUUUUCCAUGCUCCUGGUAAUUAGCAGAGGGAAGCUGACUAAUUGCUGACGUCACCUCUUUCCAGUCCCGCUUAUAUUUUGUUCCCGACUCCCUCGGAGCGUGCAGGAAUUCCCUGUCACACUCGGGAUGCUCUGAGAGCUUUGGAGUUUUAUUUUUCACCAAGAGCUGGUUUUGCUUUAUAAACUCUACGUGCAGCAGGCAGAGAUCUUGAAAAUCCUGGGAUUUCUGCUGGGUUCCAGCUCCGAAAUGCAUUUCCGUAAUUUCCAUUACAGUUUCAGCUCGCUCAUCGCCUGCCUGGCGGAUGGGGAGAUCUUCACCCAGCCAGAAACAAGGGCUAAAUUUGAAUCCCUGUUCCGACCCUAUGACAGGGACAUCACCUUUCAGUAUUUUAAAAGCUUCAAAAGAGUGAGAAUAAACUUCAGCAACCCUUUGUCUGCAGCAGAUGCCAGGAUCCAGCUGGACAAGACAGAAUUCCUUGGAAAAGAACUCAAACUCUAUUUUGCUCAGACUCUGCACAUCGGCAGUUCCCACCUGGCCCCCCCGAAGCCGGACAAGCAGUUCCUGAUCUCUCCCCCGGCGUCUCCGCCCGUGGAUUGGGAACAAGUGCAGGACGCCACCCCCGUCAUCAACUACGACCUCCUGUACGCCAUCUCCAAACUGGGGCCAGGUGACAAGUACGAGCUGCACGCGGCCACUGCCACCACUCCCAGCGUUGUGGUUCACGUGUGCGACAGCGACAGCGACCUGGAGGGGGACACCAAGAAACCCAAACCCAAAAUCAUCCAGACCCGCCGGCCCGACUUCACCCCCGCCCCCCUCAGCUGAGCUCCCGCGCCUUUUCCAAGGAUUCCGAGGGAAAAUCCCCCAGGGAAGCGGCGCCUCCCGGCUUUGGCGGCGGCGAGGAGGAGAAUUCCAAGCUAAGUUGGCUCCAAAUGAAGGAAUUCCAGGCUCAGUUUGGCUGCCGGGUGUUGAUCCACGAAUUCCCGGAUCCCUGGGAGCAAAGGAUGGGAGAAGGGGACGUUUUGGGACAUCACAGGACAAAACUGGGAUUCUUUUUUUAGGGGGAAAAGCAGCUGGGGGAGGCUUUCCUUGUUGUGAUUCCCAGAAAUCCUCCAGCUGAUGGUUGUGUGGAAAAGCUUGGGAUAACAGGGUUGGAAAAAUGAUGGGAAUUUUGGGAAUUUAACCCUUUUUCUGACACUAGGUUUUGUGCAUGUUUCUUCUUGGUCUUCUAAAGUAAUUUGCUUUUUUUUCUAGAGUUUCUCCCGAAUUUUUGGAAAUCUGGGAAUCAAAUAUUUAUUAUCUCAGCAUCCCAGAAUUCCUCCUGGAUGUGUACAUACAUGAUAUAUUUAUAUUUGGUUUUCUUGGAGCUCCUUUUCCAGCAGGAUCCAAUUCCUCCAGCACCUGCUUUUUGGUGCUCUGGAAAUUGUGCUUUUAAAAUCUGAACCUUGGAAAUUCCUGCAGAAGGUUUUGAAAUUGUGCUUUUAAAAUUUCAACCUUGGAAAUUCCUGCAGAGGGUUUUGAAAUUGUGCUUUUAAAAUCUCAACCUUCGAAAUUCCUGCAGAGGGUUUUUAACCUGGCAAAGCGAUGGAAAAAUGUGCAAUAGGAGAGUUGGUGGAAUUCCAUAGAUUUUAAAUUAUUGGAAGUUCAGGUAAUUUAUAUCUUCAAUAAGAUCUGUUUAGGAGCUUUGACUUUGGGAGGGAAAAGGACUCAAAAAAUGCUGAUGGUGCAUUUUCAGAGCUGGGGUGUUUUGGGGGGAAAAAAAAAAAAAUUGAUGGAGAAACUUGAAUCUGCAUUUUUGGUGAGUAAAGAUUUGAUAGGGAUUGGGAAAAUUCCACCCAGGAAGCAGAGAGGAAAGCUGGAGUGCCUUUUCCUUAUCCAUUCCUACUCCAAGCUGCACACUUGGAUCUUUUUCUACUGAAUAUCCAGAAAUCUGAAUUUUCUGAGCUUUGCUUCCAAACUCAGCUGGGAUGAAACGUUUCUAAAUGCCAAGGAAUGCUGAUUUAAGCACUGGCAAAUGUGGGAGAAGCUUUAGGGUUUUUUUUAUGGCAGUGUUUAAAGGCUCCUAAAUGCAAAUUUCAAAGAAGAAAGAUGGCAGAAAUAUUUUAUUACUGAUUUUUAAACUGGAGAUCCUCACCUUGAAACAGGAUUCAGGAUUUUUGGGAAGAGGUAGGAGUUGCUAUCCAUGGAAAAUACCACUUGGGGGUCCUGGAAAAGGGAUUUUUGAGGCUCUCAUUGUGAUUUUGGGAAUCAAACUGUGGCUCUCUCUUGGUUUGCUUUUGCCACACUUGGUCUGAGGAGUGAUUGAAACAAAUACUGCCUGAAAUUCCUUGUUCUCACCUUGGUUUUUUUUUAAUUAAUAUUUGUUUUAAAAAGAACAGAGCCAUUCCAGGCUGUGGUGCAGGGAAACAGGGUGUUCUGGAAGGCCUGGAAUUCCUGACUGGAACAGAAAUCUGGGCCUAGAGACCAGGAAUACACUGAAUUUUCUGCUCUAGCUUGGAUUGUUAUUCCCUGGGAACUGGAACAAAGCCUGGUUCUGGUGUCUGAGGGGCCCUGGCUCCAUGGGAGCUGUUGGGAAGAGCAGAUUCCAUGGAUUGCUGGAGCUGGACACCCAGGAAAAUCAGAUUAUUUUGGGUUACCCUCAGCUGGCUCCACGUGCUGCAUUCAACACCCAAAAGAAAGGAAUUAAGAGGAGGAAAAACUUGGGAGGUUUGUCACAGCUGCCUUGAAGCCUUUCCAAGACUUUUCCACGUUUCUCAAACGACUGCUGGACUUUUUGUCUCACCACAUCCAGUCCAAAACAUUGGGAAUAAUCCCAGAAAUCACAGCUUGAGUUUGGCAGCACAAACCCAGCUGGCUGCUGCUGUGUUUCCUACAAAAGCAGAGCUGCUUUUCAAUCCAAACCAUCCAAAAAAAAAUCUGAUUUUUGUCAUUUGAAUACCUGAUCCCUGCCUGAGGUGGGAACCACAGAAAUCUUGGAAUGUUCCUGGUUGGAUCUGCCACCUCCUGUCCUCAUGACUCCAGCGUGCUGCUUGCUUUUUUCUGGUUCUUUUAUUUUUGUAAUGUUCCAAUGGAUGCUUAGUUGGUAUUUUAUACACUUGGAUAGCACGGGGCAGAUUGAAAUUAAAAUAUUUUGUUGUCUUCUUGUAAA